AAACGAAUACUUCAUAAGAAGAACGAAUAUUGAAUAAGAAAACUGUUACGCAUUUUCUUCCCUUCAACAUCAAGACGAGUUUUUAUGUCAAGAUUAUAAUAUCAUAUUGGAUCAUUUCCAUGGCAACAUGGAGAUUGUAAGAAGCUCUCCAAUUCCACGUAUUCAUCAUCCUCCAUCUAUAAGAUAUGAAGAACUCAGACUUGGUAGAAGGAUCGCCGGUUUGGUGAUGGCUGGACCAUUUGUUUUAUGUUUUGCACUUUUUGGAAUCUUCAACUUAAUAGCAGGAACCAUCCUGACGGUAAUGGCAAGUAAACCGCGUUAUCAUAAUUACUUUCGACAUCCCUUGACGAACGACGAAUAUCAGAAAGUGAAAAACAUCUUAGAUCCAUUGAAAAUUGUGGGACCCAUUUUGUUAAUUACAGGUACUAUGUUGGUACUCGUUGGACUUAUAUUAGGUGUCGUUGCAUGUAAAUCCGUUAAUACUCAUUCUGGAAGAUCGUUUCCGACUUCUCUCCCCCUGACAACCAUUAAUGGACCAGCGAGUUAUCCAGGAUUAACAAUACCUAUAUCUAAUGAUUUUAUAUCUAAAAGGGCGCAAUCCCUUUCGGUUCCAUCAAUAGAAGUGCACAGUUCUGCAGUCCAAGUCUUGGAUAGAAAAACCAGAUGCGAUGUAAUAUGCGGUAUGUUGGAUGUAUCUGCACAAAUGUAGCUCCGUGUAUUACGGAAAAUAUUUUACAAAUAGCUGACUCUUCUGUAAAAAGAACGAGAUUUUAACGCUGUAUAUACAGUAUAUAUAUAUAUAUAUAUAUGGUGGCUUGAAAAAAUUA